UCCCGGGGGAUCCCGGAGGAUCCCGGGGCUUUCCAGGCAGUUCCCGGUGCCGCGAUGGGCCCCGCGGUGCUGCUGGCGGUGCUGAGCGCGGUGCUGGGCGCGCUGCGCCCGGCAGCGGCGGCGGCGGCGGCCAUCGAGGAGCGACCCGCGAGCCCCGCGGUGGCCACACCGUGCUGGCGGGAGGAGCAGUUCGUGGUGGCCCAGGAAUGUGCCCGGUGCUCCGAAUUCCAGAUGAAGACCAUCCCAGACUGUGCCCCCACCGGGUUCAUCGAGAGGAUCAACUGCCCCACGUCCCAACGGGAGGAGUUCAAGAGCUGCCGCUCGGCCGCGCUGGAGUCGCGGCGGUUCUGGCGCUUCGUGGGCUCCGCUCUGGCCGUGGCGGCGGCGGCGGCGGCGCUCGUGGUGCUCCGGCAGCGGGAGCUCGACCGCCGGGCCCGGGAGAAGGUCCGCAAGCAGAUCGAGUCCAUCUAGGCCCGGCCGGAGGGGCCGGGAAUCCCGCCGGGAAUCCUGCCGGGAUCUGCACCGGGAACGUCCUCGGGGAGCGUCGCAGGGGGUUCCCCCAGUGAUCCGGCACGGGGGUCCCUGGGAGCGGGGUUGGGAAUAAAUCCCGGUCCUCGU